CCCUGUUUCUCCCCAAGGCUUAAACUUUGUUCUUCCGGUCUCUCCUCUUGUCCCUUUCUGAUGCCAAAACACUCUGCCAGCCACUCCUUUCCCCUGCCUGCUGCUGGGCCAGGUGCUCUGUCCCUCCCCCCUUCCCUCCCCUGGGCCCUGCUCCCUGCCCUCCUGGGCAGCCAGGGCAGCAAGGACGGCACCCAGGGAGUUGCCCCAUGGACAGGGCCCCACAGAGACACCACCGAGCCUCGAGGGAGCUGCUGGCUGCAAAGAAGACCCACACCUCACAAAUUGAAGUGAUCCCCUGCAAAAUCUGUGGGGACAAGUCGUCUGGGAUCCACUACGGGGUUAUCACCUGUGAGGGGUGCAAGGGUUUCUUCCGCCGGAGCCAGCAGUGUAACGUGGCCUACUCCUGCACCCGUCAGCAGAACUGCCCCAUCGACCGCACUAGCCGAAACCGAUGCCAGCACUGCCGCCUACAGAAAUGCCUGGCCCUGGGCAUGUCCCGAGAUGCUGUCAAGUUUGGCCGCAUGUCCAAGAAGCAAAGGGACAGCCUGCAUGCUGAGGUGCAGAAACAGCUGCAGCAGAGGCAACAGCAGCAACGGGAACAAGCGGCCAAGUCCCCUCCUGCAGGGGCCCAAGGAGCAGACCCCCUCGCCUGCCCCCUGGGGCUCCCAGAUGGGCAGCUGCCCUUGGGCUCCUCACCUGACCUGCCGGAGGCCUCGGCCUGUCCCCCCGGUCUCCUGAGAGCCCCAAGCUGCGGGCCCUCCUACUCCAACAGCUUGGUCAAGGCUGGGCUCAAUGGGGCUUCUUACCACCUGGAAUACAGCCCUGAGCGGGGCAAGGCUGAGGGCAGAGAGAACUUCUAUGGCACAGGCAGCCAGCUGGCCCCUGACAGGUGUGGACUCCGUUUUGAGGACCCCAGGCAUCCUGGGCUUGGGGAACCAGGACGGGGCCCCAACAGCUACUGCAGCCCCAGUUUCCGCAGUACCCCAGAGGCGCCUUACGCCUCCCUGACAGAGAUUGAGCACCUGGUGCAGAAUGUUUGUAAGUCUUACCGAGACACGUGUCAGCUGCGGCUGGAGGACCUGCUUCGGCAGCGCUCCAACAUCUUCUCCCGAGAGGAGGUGGCCGGCUACCAGAGGAAGUCAAUGUGGGAGAUGUGGGAACGCUGUGCCCACCGCCUCACCGAGGCCAUUCAGUACGUGGUGGAGUUCGCUAAGAGGCUCUCGGGCUUUAUGGAGCUCUGCCAGAACGACCAGAUCGUGCUACUCAAAGCAGGAGCAAUGGAAGUGGUGCUGGUCAGGAUGUGCCGAGCCUACAACGCUGACAACCACACAGUCUUUUUUGAAGGCAAAUACGGUGGCAUGGAGCUGUUCCGAGCCUUGGGCUGCAGCGAGCUUAUCAGCUCCAUCUUUGACUUCUCCCGCUCCCUGAGUGCCUUGCGCUCUGAGGACGAGAUUGCACUCUACACAGCCCUCGUCCUCAUCAAUGCCAACCGGCCAGGACUCCAAGAGAAAAGGAAAGUAGAACAGCUGCAGUACAAUCUGGAGCUGGCCUUUCAUCAUCAUCUCUGCAAGACCCAUCGCCAAGGCAUCCUGGCCAAGCUGCCACCCAAGGGGAAGCUUCGGAGCCUGUGCAGUCAGCACGUGGAAAAGCUGCAAACCUUCCAGCACCUCCACCCCAUCGUGGUCCAAGUUGCUUUCCCUCCACUCUAUAAGGAACUCUUCAGCACUGAAAUCGAGUCAUCUGAUGGGCUGUCCGAGUGACCUGGAAGCAGGAGUCUGUUCCCUUCCCUAGAGCCUGCUGGCUUACUUCCCCCUCGGCCUUUUCCUUUCCUGUACACCCUGGAAGGUGGUCUCUGCCUGUUUUUGGAGGGGGUGAGGGUGAGCAAAUGCAGAGACUGAUUUUCUGCCCACCGGGCUGCCAGGCAGCAGGCCAAGAGCCAGAGGGUGGGGAUAGAGGCACGCUGUCUCCAGCCUCGGCUUUGUCCUGUCUCGUGUCCCAUACCCUGUCACCCCCAGCUUCUGGGAGGCCUGGGGUGGGAUACAAGGACCUCUAGGAGGACCUAGGUGUCCUCAGGACAGCAGGAGGAUCCAGGACACACGGGACAAAUGGAACUCAACUCUGGGCUCAGAAGCUAAGAAUAGGCCUUUGAAAUACCUCAUUGCAUUUCCCUGGGGGCUUUGGCUGGGGAGCUGCAUCAAGCUCAGGGGCUGGCGGCUGGAGCCCAGAAGGAACUGUAUAUAACAUAAAUCUGGAUCUCUAGA